AUGAAUACUUCCACAUUUACACCCGUUGAUGAUGGUGCAGAUCAAAGCACUGAUCAGACAAUUUACAUUGUUUGUCAAGGUAUCAAUAGUUGUCUAAUGGUUGCCACACUGUGGAUUUUACUUUGCCUGGUCAUGUACGGAGUGAGGACCAAGAAAUGGGCGAAGAAAAGCAAAAGGUCUGACAUGAACGGUGGCAUGGUUUAUACCGCAUCUGUAAUCGCCGUAGCAGCGACUAUUCCAAGAUAUAUUGCGGACCAGAUUAUAUUCAGUGCGGUCUAUAUCGAUGGUGCGUUACGGUGGUGUGAAUUCUUUAUGGACACAGGAAACGCCACUUAUUUUAUGGCGUUAUAUCCAAUAUAUUUAUUUUUGUGGUUUCGACAGAAAGCGCUCUACGGUCACCCAGCAAUGAAAAGAUUAGCAGGAAAAUGUGUGUCUGUCUUCGGCUGGGUGACGUUGGUUGGCUUGUCUCUAGCUGCAAUUGGGGUGGGAUUGAUGUUCGUCGUUCCUUCCGACUAUACUGGCAGUCCAAAUGGAUGUGUUGUUGAUUUAUUAAAAUCUAACUCGUCUUACAGCACUGAUGUUCCAUAUCGAUUAAGCUACUAUGUUUUAGUAGUAUUGUUAAUCGUUGCCCAACUGUCUCUACUCAGUCUUUUUAUUUACCCCAUGGUUCGUAGCAACGCAAUACAAAACAGCAGACGAUUGUCGCAAUCUUCAACAAAACCGUACGCAAUUGAUAAUCUAGACGACAUCGAUGGUUUGCCCGGAAAAAAGAUCAGCAGAUUUCGUUCCUACAUGUCAACAAUCCGAGAUGCGAGCAGAAAAAUUUCAACUUCGUCUUUGGGGAAAAAACCAAACACAGUUCAAAAGACUAUACGAAGAUCAGUGGCGUGCGCUUCAAUUUCUAUGGUUUCUGAUGUCCUUGCCAUGGCUGUCGUAUCAUUCGUGAUACCUCAAACAGUCCCCCGUUCGCUGACAAACACCGUGUACGAUAUAAGCACACUUGUUAGUGUUCUUAGUAUUUUAGCAACCUUCAGUAACUAUCGGGAUAUACUGACUGUUUGCUUUCGAAAGUCGCCUUCUGGCGGAUCUGAAAAAUUGUCACAAAGUGGCGGCGACGAUAGUAGAGCAUACAGUGACAGAUCUUAUAAUCAAACCUCGUCAGUAUAAAACUUCGAUGGUAUUCAAGAAUGUUGGGGCCUUCAAUGAACGGAUAAAGGCAGAUCCAACAAAAUGGCUAUUCAGGAUGGCCGCUGUAACGAGAUGGCCAUCUAUGCAUUCGACCAAAAGUUCCGUACGACUCCGGGUUUAUAAAAAUUUCAGGCAGGCAAAAUUUUUCAAAACGUUAACUUUGCAAACCAUUUUCCGAUUGGAUCGAGAAUAUCACCUUUAGCUUGCGACCUGGACUUCCACGUCAUACUCGAGAGCAGUUCAAAUAAUUUCGACCUCUCUGCACAGAGGUUUGAAAUACGGCUCCGAAUCUCGAGCACUUGCAAAAGUUCCCCACUCCGGUUCCACGGUCACGAUUUACAGACACUUUACCUAAACGUGAAUUUGUACUGAUACAGGUCCCAGUACUUCACCACAAUGUUGAUCUGUGUAAUGAUUAUUUAAUAAGAGAAUAAGACGCAAUUACGGUAUUAUUUGGACAGUAUUUCGACAUACUUUUAUGUCGAAUGUACAUUUUACGUUUUUCUGAU